AUGAACCGUGCUUUCAUCCAUUGCUGGUUGGUCGUGGCGGAGGCUGCCAUGUUACUAUGUCCAUGCGGCGGCCUUCCUGAGUGGCUUCAGGUAAACCUCAAGAGGUUGUUGACACUCAUUACCAAGAGAACACCACCAGGGGCGGCCUUAUUCUCUGAGAUAGUUCUGCUUGGUACAGAAACGCAGAGCGACCGUCCUGGGCCUAGGUGGAGGGCUGCAGGGACUGCGGCGCUUCGGCCCCGGGGGGUCGCGCGAGGGAGCGGGCUCGCCGCACCUUUGUCUGAGCGGGGCCGAGGGUCACGGCGGGGCCGCCGGGGCCUCCGGGAGGAGCCGGAGGUGGGCGCCGUGCACCGGCCCCUCGCACGGGAAGCGCGCCAGGCCCCCGGCGGGGCCGGGCGGCCCGCUAUUGUUUUUGGCGAGCACAUAAAUCCGUGCGCCGACCCCGUGCGCGCCCCGGUUUCCUCCCGGAGGCCAUCGGCGUCCGCCGAGGCCCUAUAUAGAGGCCCGGCGCCGGGGGCUGCGCAGGCUCGCGGCCCGCGCGUCCAGGCCUCGCGGCUCCGUCGCCCUUUGAAGCCGACCGCCGAGGUGAGGGGAAAUCUCUCCCCGGGGCUCGGGGCGGGAGGAGGGCGGGGGGAGGCGGGCCGCUUCUCCGGGGUUUCCCUGACGCCAGCAGCGGCGGCGGCGGCAGCGCCCGGCGCGCGCGCCCCGCGCCCGAGCCCGGCUCCGCGGGGGGGGCCGCCGCCGCCGCUGCUGCUGCCGCUGCUGCUGCUGCUCCCCGGCGUCGCGGCCGUGAGGGGCGGCUCGUCGCCGCCGCCCGCAGGAGCCAGUGUUCGAACAUUCACUCCGUUUUAUUUUCUGGCGGAGCCAGUGGACACACUCUCAGUUAGAGGUUCUUCUGUUAUAUUAAACUGCUCGGCAUAUUCUGAGCCUUCUCCAAAAAUUGAAUGGAAGAAAGAUGGAACUUUUUUAAACUUAGUAUCAGAUGAUCGCCGACAGCUUCUCCCAGAUGGAUCUUUAUUCAUCAGCAGUGUGGUGCAUUCCAAACACAAUAAGCCUGAUGAAGGUUUCUAUCAGUGUGUAGCCACUGUUGAUAAUCUUGGAACUAUUGUCAGUAGAACAGCAAAGCUCACAGUAGCAGGUCUUCCAAGAUUUACCAGCCAACCAGAACCUUCCUCAGUCUAUGUUGGAAACAGUGCAGUUCUGAAUUGUGAAGUUAAUGCAGAUUUAGUCCCAUUUGUAAGGUGGGAACAGAACAGACAGCCCCUUCUUCUGGAUGACAGGGUUGUCAAACUUCCAAGCGGAACACUGGUUGUCAGCAAUGUGACUGGAGGAGAUGGGGGACUCUACCGCUGUGUAGUUGAAAGUGCUGGGCCACCAAAGUUUAGUGAUGAAGCUGAAUUGAAAGUUCUUCAAGAUUCUGAGGAAAUGCUAAACUUACUCUUUUUGAUGCGACCGUCUUCUGUGAUGAAGGUCAUUGGUCAGAGUGUAGUGCUGCCAUGUGUUGCCUCAGGACUUCCUGCUCCAGUCAUUAGAUGGAUGAAAAAUGAAGAAGUGCUUGACACAGAGAGCUCUGGAAGGUUGGUCUUGCUAGCAGGAGGUAGUUUGGAGAUCAGUGAUGUCAUUGAGGAUGAUGCUGGGACUUAUUUUUGUAUAGCUGAUAAUGGAAAUAAGACAGUUGAAGCUCAGGCGGAGCUUACUGUGCAAGUGCCACCGGAAUUUUUGAAACAGCCUGCUAACAUAUAUGCUCACGAAUCCAUGGAUAUUAUAUUUGAAUGUGAAGUCACUGGGAAGCCAACUCCAACUGUGAAGUGGGUCAAGAAUGGGGAUGUUGUUAUCCCAAGUGAUUACUUUAAAAUUGUAAAGGAACAUAAUCUUCAAGUUUUGGGUCUGGUGAAAUCAGAUGAAGGGUUCUAUCAAUGCAUUGCUGAGAAUGAUGUUGGAAAUGCACAGGCUGGAGCCCAGCUGAUAAUCCUUGAGCACGAUGUUGCCAUCCCAACAUUACCUCCCACUUCACUGACCAGUGCCACUACUGACCAUCUAGCACCAGCCACAACGGGACCACUGCCUUCAGCUCCUCGGGAUGUCGUGGCCUCCCUGGUCUCUACUCGCUUCAUCAAACUGACAUGGCGCACACCUGCAUCCGACCCUCACGGGGACAAUCUCACCUAUUCUGUGUUCUACACCAAGGAAGGGGUGGCUAGGGAGCGUGUUGAGAAUACCAGUCAGCCAGGAGAGAUGCAGGUGACCAUUCAGAACUUAAUGCCAGCAACUGUAUAUAUUUUCAAAGUUAUGGCUCAAAAUAAACAUGGCUCUGGAGAGAGUUCAGCCCCUCUACGAGUAGAAACGCAGCCUGAGGUUCAGCUCCCUGGCCCAGCACCUAAUAUCCGAGCUUAUGCGGCAUCACCGACUUCUAUCACUAUCACGUGGGAAACACCAUUGUCUGGCAAUGGGGACAUUCAGAAUUACAAAUUGUACUACAUGGAAAAAGGAACUGAUAAAGAACAGGAUGUUGAUGUUUCAAGUCACUCCUACACCAUUAACGGACUGAAAAAGUACACAGAGUAUAGUUUCCGAGUGGUGGCCUACAAUAAACAUGGUCCUGGAGUCUCCACACAAGAUGUUGCUGUUCGAACAUUAUCAGAUGUUCCCAGUACUGCUCCUCAGAAUCUGUCCUUAGAAGUGAGAAAUUCAAAGAGUAUAGUGAUUCACUGGCAGCCCCCUUCCCCAGCAACACAGAACGGGCAGAUUACAGGCUACAAGAUCCGUUACCGAAAGGCCUCCCGAAAAAGUGAUGUCACUGAGACCUUGGUAACUGGGACACAGCUGUCUCAGCUGAUUGAAGGUCUUGAUCGGGGCACAGAAUAUAACUUCCGAGUAGCUGCUCUCACAGUCAAUGGUACAGGUCCAGCAACUGAUUGGCUGUCUGCUGAAACUUUUGAAAGUGACCUAGAUGAAACUCGCGUUCCUGAAGUGCCUAGCUCUCUUCAUGUCCGUCCACUUGUUACCAGCAUCGUGGUAAGCUGGACUCCUCCAGAGAACCAGAACAUUGUGGUUCGAGGUUAUGCCAUUGGUUAUGGCAUUGGCAGCCCUCAUGCCCAGACCAUCAAAGUGGACUAUAAACAGCGCUAUUACACCAUUGAAAACUUGGAUCCAAGCUCUCACUAUGUGAUCACACUGAAAGCAUUCAACAACGUUGGUGAAGGCAUCCCCCUUUAUGAGAGUGCUGUGACCAGACCUCACACAGUGCCAGAUCCCACUCCCAUGAUGCCUCCAGUGGGAGUUCAGGCUUCCAUUCUGAGCCAUGACACCGUAAGGAUCACAUGGGCGGACAACUCCCUGCCCAAACACCAGAAGAUCACAGACUCCCGCUACUACACAGUCCGGUGGAAGACCAACAUCCCAGCAAACACCAAGUACAAGAAUGCAAAUGCAACAACGUUAAGCUAUUUGGUUACUGGUUUAAAGCCAAAUACGCUAUAUGAAUUCUCUGUGAUGGUGACCAAAGGUAGAAGGUCAAGCACAUGGAGUAUGACAGCUCAUGGGGCUACCUUUGAAUUAGUUCCUACUUCCCCACCUAAGGAUGUGACGGUCGUGAGUAAAGAAGGAAAACCUAGAACCAUAAUAGUGAACUGGCAGCCUCCCUCUGAAGCUAACGGCAAGAUUACAGGUUACAUCAUCUAUUACAGCACAGAUGUGAAUGCAGAGAUACACGACUGGGUUAUUGAGCCUGUUGUGGGAAACAGACUGACUCACCAGAUUCAAGAGUUAACACUUGAUACACCAUACUACUUCAAAAUCCAGGCCCGGAACUCAAAGGGCAUGGGACCUAUGUCUGAAGCUGUCCAGUUCAGAACACCUAAAGCGGACUCCUCUGAUAAAAUGCCUAAUGACCAAGCCUUAGGAUCAGCAGGAAAAGGAAGCCGACUGCCUGACCUAGGAUCUGACUACAAACCUCCAAUGAGUGGCAGCAACAGCCCUCACGGGAGCCCAACCUCCCCUCUCGAUAGCAGUAUGCUGCUGGUCAUCAUUGUCUCUGUUGGUGUCAUCACCAUUGUGCUGGUUGUGAUCAUCGCUGUCUUUUGUACCCGGCGCACCACUUCUCACCAGAAGAAGAAACGAGCUGCCUGCAAAUCAGUGAAUGGCUCCCAUAAGUACAAGGGCAAUUGCAAAGAUGUGAAGCCUCCAGACCUAUGGAUCCAUCAUGAAAGACUAGAGUUGAAGCCUAUUGACAAGUCUCCAGAUCCAAACCCUGUCAUGACUGAUACUCCAAUCCCUCGAAACUCUCAAGAUAUUACACCAGUUGACAAUUCCAUGGAUAGCAAUAUCCAUCAAAGGCGGAAUUCAUACAGAGGGCAUGAGUCAGAGGACAGCAUGUCUACACUGGCUGGAAGGAGGGGAAUGAGACCAAAAAUGAUGAUGCCCUUUGACUCUCAGCCACCGCAGCCUGUGAUUAGUGCCCAUCCCAUCCAUUCUCUCGAUAACCCUCACCAUCAUUUCCACUCCAGCAGCCUCGCUUCUCCAGCCCGCAGUCAUCUCUACCACCCAAGCAGCCCAUGGCCCAUUGGCACAUCCAUGUCCCUUUCAGACAGGGCCAAUUCCACAGAAUCUGUUCGAAAUACCCCCAGCACGGAUACCAUGCCAGCUUCUUCGUCUCAGACGUGCUGCACUGAUCAUCAAGAUCCUGAAGGUGCUACUAGUUCCUCUUACUUGGCUAGCUCCCAGGAGGAAGACUCAGGCCAGAGCCUUCCCACAGCCCAUGUCCGCCCUUCCCACCCACUGAAGAGUUUUGCUGUGCCAGCAAUCCCGCCCCCGGGACCUCCUGUGUAUGAUCCUGCACUGCCAAGCACACCUUUACUGUCCCAGCAAGCUCUGAACCAUCACAUCCACUCAGUGAAAACAGCCUCCAUCGGGACUUUAGGAAGGAGCCGGCCUCCUAUGCCAGUGGUUGUUCCCAGUGCCCCUGAAGUACAGGAGACCACCAGGAUGCUGGAAGACUCUGAGAGUAGUUAUGAACCAGAUGAGCUGACCAAAGAGAUGGCCCACCUGGAAGGACUAAUGAAGGACUUAAAUGCCAUCACAACAGCUUGAUGACCUUCACCUGGACAUGACUCCAAGCCUGAGUCUAGAAGUCUUGGAACUUAACCUUGAAAACAAGGAAUUGUACAGAGUCCGAGAGGACAGCACUUGAGAGCAGGAGCCAGUAGGCCGUCCAGUGCCUCCGUGUGGAGCUGGCUCCAGGGACAGCCACCUUGCCUUCUGGUCAGCCUGGGUGACACUUGUGUUGAGGCAGCUUCCCUUUGCCUGCCGAUAGCCUGCAGGACUGGGCACCAUGGGCCAAAAUUAUGUGUCCAGGGAAGAGGCAAGAAGAAGUGCAACCUGCCUUUCACUUUGUGGCCAGUGGCUGGGUCUUUGCGCUGCAACUGCAUCACAUUUAUGGAGUGUGGACAUUGGCGUUUGUGUACAAUUGUGUGUCCUAUUUCAUUUUACUUUAACACACACACACUAUCAGAAGCCAAGGAAGCCCGGGGUGUUCUCCACAAGCAGUUGACACCUGGCUGCUGGUUCCGGUGGCUUAGAAAGUCACUGACAGUGCGGUUGUUUGACACUGUCGACAGGGUUGGCUUGUUUUGGGUUUUGUUUUUAUUUUUUAAUUCUAAGACAUUGCAUCCUCUACCAGCUGUUAAUCCAUCACUUUGAGGGGGGUGGGAAAUGUUGCAUUGCUGUUUGUAAGCUUUUUUAUUAUUUUUUUAUUAUAAUUAUUAAAGGCCUGACUUUCUCUUCUCAUCACUGUGAGAUUACAGAUCUAUUUGAAUGAAAUGUAACAUUGAAAAGACUUGUUUGUUGCUUUCUGUGCAGAUUCAGUAUUUGGGGUGGGGUCGGGGAUUGGGAAUAGGAAAUGGAGGGCUGCUGAGGCCCUGUGAAUGUUUCUGUCAUUGUACUUUGUUCCAGAAGCCUGCAGAGAAUGGAAGCAGCAUCUUCAGUGUCCUUACCUGGCAUGUCCAUCUUCGUGUCACUGCAUAGCAACUGGAGUUUUGUUUGGAUGAGCUUAUGAGUUCUCAUAUGAUGGUGGUUUGGAUGAUUUAGCUGCUCCGGUAUCUUGGUCACGUCCUUUUUGGAGUGUCCACACUGAGGUUCCCAGCAAUGUGUUUCUAAUUGCUUGAGUGAUGCCAAGUAGAACCAGAGCCUGCCUCAGCUGCUCUGAGAAGUUAGAACGCACAGGGCAGGGACCCCCUUAGUGCCACUAUCACUGGUUCUCUUUGGAAGGUUAAAAGCUAAGGAAGGAGCUUGUUUUCCUAUUCCAAACAGGAUAUCUGCUUCUCUGGUCCAGGCCUCAGCCAGGCAGCUCUCAUUUCCACAUUGCAGAGGCUUUCCUCAAAGGCACCAACUAGGAUGAAGCAAGAUGGUACGGUGCCCAGGAGGCUUUCCCACAUGUUUCUGAACAGAAUUCUACAAGGAGCAGAGGACAGAGAUAGUGGAAAGAAGGUUAGUGGAAGCAGUUGGCUUCACCUAUACCAGCAGCAUACCAGCAGCUUAGCCAAACCCACUUAGAAUGAGGUAGCAGUAGAUUCCAGGUGUGCUGAGGACUCGGCCACACACUGCAGCCUUUGCCUUUGCAGAGUGUUAGAGGUGAGACGCUGAGGUGUGUAUUUGUUUGGCUUUUUAUGUUAAUAUAUAAUGAAAAGUAUAAGACUAACCCUCAGGCAUCUUCUUCCCCAACAAAUCCCUGGGAGACAGUAUAGAGAGUAAAUCAGGCUUCGGCUCUUCAGCCAGUACCAAUGGCUACGCCAGCCUAUCUGCCCUUGAACAUAGGUUUGUUUUACCCUUUUUGGGUCUUACCCUUUUUACUUUUCAACAAGAUGGGCUCUUUGUAUGAUGAGGGGCGGGGGCAGUGAAAAAUGCAAUGCUCUAACUCCUGCUGCUCUUCUAGCUGUUCGUAGGACAGUACCAGGCAGGGCUCUGGGACGACCAGCGUGCUUUGGCUGCCCUCCAAAAAGCAGCCAGAGCAUUCCGGCCACCUGGAGGCUAGACUCCUCAGAAACUGUCUAGCCUUUGCUCAGAGCAUGCUAAGUAUUUAGGGAGUUCCUUCCCAUAAACCCCAACACUUCGGUUACCUCAGGGCCUUGGUACCUGGAUACUGCCACAGAUUUGCAAUGGGAUAGGGGAGGGAUGUAUUUUUAAAUAAAGUAACUUAAAAGUUGGGGGAUUUUUUUAAAUUCAGAAAAUGCAAAGCUAUUCUGUAUUACACCAUUUCACAAUUUAAUAUGUGUCUUAUAUUUUCCUGUUGUUCUGGAAACUAAACCAUUGUGUGUCUUGUUGUGUCCUAGUUGAGCUAUAGCUCAGCAGCUUCCUUCGGGAGGGUGUGGAACAAAUGUGUUUGUUGCCUUGUUGCCUGCUCGGGGGCCGGAGGACUGCUGGAACUGGGUUCUGUACACACUUGUUUGGCCUUUUCUGUAGUUGAUGCUGUAAAACUCUAUGGCUUUUUAAAAACAAUUACAUGUUUUUAUUUAGUAUUGGAAGUCCAAUACACUUUUUUAAUCCAAUCAAA